CUGACCAUACCGGGGAGAAUAUUGCCAUGGGGCUGAAGGAGUGCUUGGCCAACUGGGGUCUAAAAGAAGAGGCCCAGACGUGCAUAACAACAGACAACGCUUCAAAUAUGGUCAAAGCAAUGGGACUUAACCAAUGGACCAGACUGCAGUGCUUUGGACACAGGCUGCAUCUUGCAAUUGGUAAGUACAAGAAUGUGUGUUUGUGCGAGUGUGUAUGUUUACAAGGUUACUACAAGUGUGAGAGUUCGUAUUAUCUGGGGACGAAGCGCCGGGAAGUUUGUUGUCAAGCUGUCGUUAGCUGACCAACUGUUAGCGCAAUGCUACUUUAACAUACUGUUUAUCCUAGGGAGAAAAAUGAACCCUUUCAUCGAAAAUGCUGUCAAAGAUGAGCAAAGAAUCAAACGGGCCACAGGACUUUGCAAGCAGCUGGUUGCGGUCUUCACUCACAGCUGGAAGAAGAAGGCGGCACUAAAACAGGCACAGCAAGACUUGAACCUACCUCAACAGUCACUGGUCACUGAAUGUCCGACACGAUGGGGCUCCGGGCAGAAAAUGAUUGGGAGGGUGUUGGAGCAGAGCAAGGCACUGUGCCAGGUUCUGUCUGAAGACAGGAAGACGCGGCACCUGGUCCCCACUUGGCAAGACACAGAUGUCCUUGAAUCUGUAAACAAUGCCCUCGGUCCUCCUCAGGAGUUCAAAGACGCCCUCUCAGGUGAGGACUACGUAAGCGUGUCAUACCUGAAGCCAGUGCUCCAUCUCCUCAGAACAGCAACGCUUGCUGAAACUGACCAGGACACGAAUCUCACCAAGGAGAUCAAAUCAAGAGCUCUCCACUACAUUGAAGAGAAAUACAGCGACCCAGUGACACAGGAGCUCUUGGACAUCACAUCCUUCCUUGAUCCAAGAUUCAAGAAGAGCUACAUAAGUGAAGAGAAUGUCCCAUACAUCAAAGACAGAGUGAAGAUGGAAAUGGAACAGGUGGCACAAAAGUUGUGUGUCACAACCCAUCCCAUGCCCCUGAGUGCAGAAGAAGAACCACCAUCCACCUCUACAAAGCGAAAGCGGUCACUGGGCAGCUUUUUCAAGACCAAGGCGGUCCCUGCUUCCUCUACUGUGCAGUUGGAGGAUACCAUUAAAGCAGAACUGGACAACUACCUCAUAACUCCUACCAUUGAUGGAGAGCAAGAUCCACUGGCCUGGUGGAGAGUGCACAAUGUCAACUUCCCAUGGCUUAGCAAGUUGGCUCGUAAGUACCUUUGCAUACCAGCAACGAGUGCACCAUCAGAGAGACUGUUCAGUGCCAGUGGCAAUAUUGUCACAUGUCAGCGUGCAAGUCUGAAGCCAGCAAAGGUUGACAUGUUGGUUUUCUUGGCCAAAAAUCUGGGGAAGGGGAAGAUUUAUUGAUUUUUGUUGUUGUUCUUCUGCACCUUACCCUGACAUGUCUUUGUUCCAUUAAAAAAGGUGUUCACUCUUUUUUACUUAU